ACAUUAGUAAUUAAUUCCUAGCUAUUUCUUACAAACAAAGAUGAUGAAGCAACUUCUCCUUACAACUUUCCCUUCUCUCCUUCUCUUUCUCCUCAUCCAUUCCUCCCAAACCCUAGCCCAGGCGCCAGCGCCAGCGCUAGCGCUACCUCCUGCACCAUCGGGCCCAACGAAUGUCACCCGAAUCCUUGAAAAAGGCGGGCAAUUCAGCAUCUUCAUCCGCCUUUUGAAAGCCACUGGAGAGGAUAGCAACCUCAAUAUCCAGCUCAAUAAUUCAAACAAUGAAAUGACCAUUUUUGCUCCCUCUGACAAUGCCUUCUCUAGCCUUAAAUCCGGAACCCUAAACCAACUCACCGAUGAAGACAAGUCCGAGCUGGUACAGUUCCAUGUCAUCUCCUCGUACCUCACGAGUACCCAGUUCCAAACGGUUAGCAACCCGUUAAGGACUGAGGCCGGAAGCGCCGAGCCAUAUAAUUUUCCGCUGAACGUCACGACAACUGGGAGUUCGGUUAAUAUCUCAACCGGCCUUACGAACACGAGUGUCGCCGGUACUGUCUACACAGACGGUCAGCUGGCUGUUUACCAAGUAGACCAGGUGCUCCUUCCUGAAAAAAUCUUCGGCCCUAAGGCGCCUCCUGCUCCGGCACCAGCUCCAACAAAGCCGAAGAAGAAGUCUUCUAUUGCGGCUCCGGUCUCUAACACUGAAAAGAGCUCCGGCACCGCUGUGAAUUUCGCCAUGCAGAAUGUGGUUUUCCUUGGAGUGAUGAUGAUUGCGAUGGUGGCAAAUUUUUCUUCACGACAAUAAAAAAAAAUUAAUAAUAAUAAUGGGGGGUUUUGAUGAGAUGGUAUGAGGUGGGGUCCAUUGAUUAAGAGCACUGUGAUUUUCAAUUAGCUGGAUUGAACGGCGGCGAUUGAUUUCUCAUUUUCACCUCUGUUUUUUUGUGAGUUUCGGUGUUGUAUUUACAUUGGGCAAGUGUCUCUAUUUUUUCCUCUUUUUUUUUUUUUUUUUUUAAUGAUUUCUUCUCUUGGUUAUCGUUAAUAUUCCAUUGGUUUUGUUUUACUUUUUUGGGGGGGCAAGUUCCAUCGGCUUUAUGUGAAAUUGUCAAUUUUGUAAUUGAUUUAUGAAGAAAUGUCAUUAUAUAUG